AAUUGCAAGCUUGUCUAAGUUACGACUUAUUUUUGAAAGUAAUACAGAGAGGCAGAGGGCGACCGAUCCACCGUGGUAGCCAAAACUGUCGCCAGAAAUCAGACAUUAAUCGCCGCCGUCGAAGCGCCAUCUGAGAACUCCAUGUGAUAGCCUCCAACACAUUCUUUACAGUAAAAUUCUACAGAACAAAUUCGAUUUGAAGAAUUUCAGCAACUUUAAUUUUUCUCUCUCCUUUAUCAAAAACCAUGAAGAAGAUCUCUUUCUCUGUAUCAUCAAAUCAAUCUUCUUCUAAAUCAAACACCAAAACCAAGAAUGAUUCUGCCCCAAAACCCCAACUUGAUCGUGAAUCAAUCACCGAAUUCGAUCCUUCUCAAACCCUAACCCUAGAAAAAGGCCCCAGAAAAAUCUUGAUUCCCCCGAAACAGAACGAAUGGCGUCCCGCUAAGAAGAUGAAGAAUCUCGAUUUACCCCCAAUUCACUCCGAAGGAAAACCCCUUGAAUUUGAAGUUGAAAACGAAGCUGAUGUUGCUGCCCCAGAAGCUGAUUCGAAGAUUUCAUAUGGGUUGAAUCUCCGCCAAGAUUCGGUUAAUGGUAAGAGUGAAUUUGAUGUUCCUAAUUCAAUUGAUGCGAUUAUGCUUAAGAAAUUGAGAAAUGAUUUAGAUAAGUUGCCUGAAGAUGAGGGUUUUGAUCAAUUUGAGGAGGUUCCUGUUGAGGGUUUUGGGGAAGCUUUGUUAGCUGGGUAUGGGUGGAGACAAGGGAUGGGAAUUGGGAGAAAUGCUAAGGAGGAUGUCAAGGUUGUUGAGUAUAAACGCCGGACCGCGAAAGAGGGGUUAGGGUUUACUGAUGAUAAUGUGGUUCCUAAGAAAGUUGAUGGGAGUGAUAAUAAGAAUAAAGGAAAGUUUGAAGUUGGGAAAGAGGUUAGGAUUAUUGGUGGUAGGAAGAUGGGAUAUAAGGGUAGAGUUAUUGAAGUGUUACCGGGAGGUGAUUCGUUGUUUUUGAGGCUUCCGCGUAGUGAUGAGGAAGUGAAGGUUCGAGUGGAUGAAGUGGCUGAGUUGGGUUCUUUGGAGGAAGAUAAGUGUUUGAAGGAAUUGAAGGAGUUGAAGAUUCAAGGUUCUAAAGAAUCUUCGAGGAGCAGCGAUAAGAAGGGGAGUAGAGAUUCGUCGAGUGAAAGAAAGGAAAGUAAGAGAGGUAGAAAUGAGGGUAGGAGAGGUGAUGUUGGUGAUGUUAAGAGUGAACGCAGGGUGCGGGUGGAUGAGAAAAGGACUAGUAGUAGUGGAGUUUCUUGGCUUAGGAGUCAUAUUAGGGUCAGAAUUGUUAGCAAGUCGUUUAAAGGAGGAAGGUUUUACUUGAAGAAGGGUGUGGUAAUCGAUGCAGUUGGAGCCAGGACCUGUGAUAUAUCGAUGGAUGAUGGUAGGGAGAUUGUUCAGGGAGUAGAACAGGAGAUAUUGGAAACUGCCCUUCCUAGGCGAGGUGGUCCUGUUCUUGUUCUCUUCGGAAAGCACAAGGGUACUUAUGGCAGUCUUGUGGAAAAAGAUUCCGUGAGGGAAACUGGUGUAGUUCAAGACGCUGAUACACAUGACCUGAUUCAUGUGCAGCUUGAACAAAUAGCUGAAUUCGUUGGAGACCCAAGCGACAUUGGUUAUUGAUUAAGGAUGCCAUAUUGAACUAGUAUAACAAGCGUUUCUAUCCCGAGGUUAACGAUUGGUCACUAUAGGAGUUUAUCACUAAUGGGAUGUGGUGGCAGCAGUGGAAGUAGAGAGAGUUCCUUGGGCUAUUUGUUUGGAAGCAUUGAAGCUCUGAAGCCUGCUUCUACUAAAGCUCCAGCCAAUGUUAUUGCAGAAUCAGCUGUGAAAGGAGCAGCAAAGCCUGCUACUGUGAAUCCCUAGCUUAUUGAUGUCCAGAAGGUUCCUGAAAGAUUUAAUACUAACUGUGAACAGAAAUUUGGGGAUAGAGUACGUGGAUUAGUAUUUGGUGUUGUACGGAUCUUCACAACCAUAGACCCGGCUUGAACAAAGAGGUCUUUGAAGAGUUGCAUUUGGAAUCCAUUUGGAAUGGCAUGGAGAAAUGCCUUGAAUUAGGCCUAUGUAAUGCUAUUGGUUUUACAAACUUCAACACCUUCUAGAUGCCUUGAUCCUGUAUGUCCUGAUGCUAAUCAGCAGCUGGAAACGCUUUCUGAUCCUUUGGAAUCAGGCAUAAUGAAAAUAUUGCUUGUCACAUGACUGUUAGAGGUGACAAGGCAAGGCAGUUACCCAUAAAGUGGUUUGAAGGUCAAGGAAUACGAGUCACCGAGAAGAGACUUCACCAUAUAUCUUGGAAUCAAGACCAACCCUCAACCAAGUUUCAUAAUCCCCAAGUGGUGGACGUGCUUUAGGCUAUCUAUGUUCUGGUUACAACCUCGCCAUUUCAAAUAUAGACAUCGAAAAGUUGAGUUAGUACCUCUAAGGAUAAUGUUUAUUCUCUUCCAUUGUUGUUGUCCUUGUUGAUGCAAAAAUUAAAUGUGGAGUAUGUAGUGUAAGUUGGGGUCUUGGUAUUGUGAUUUUUAAAAAAAGGUACAGAGUAUUGUUGUUAUCAUUGCAAUUUUUUAUUUAUUUAUUUUUUUUAUUUUUUUUUAUUUAUAUUUUUAUAAGGAUUUAGGUUGUGUGACAUAAUUCUAAAAUCGCUAUAUAAUUGAAUUCAACUCUUUUUCAAUA